AGAUGGCAAUUUCAUCCUUGUUGAACAUUCCCCUCUACUUCAUGUGUGUGGCUUAUGACAAAAAUAUAACCUAACUUCCACUGUCAUUAAACAGUUUAUUUUAUUUAACAAACGCUGUGUUAGAGUAAACGCAAUAUUCUUAACACAAUGGCAAAUGAUCGGGAGGUACUUCGGGAAAUAUGGGAUGGCAAGAUUCCAAUCUGUUUUACUCUCAACUCUGAGGAAAUUUGCGACUUACAAGGGCCAGAUCCCUUUUACUUGAUGGUAUCUAGAUUAAGUUAUUUUCCACUGUGUACAGAAAAGGUCCGGAAACAUUUCAUACGGCAUAUACAAAGCGACAGUAAACAAGAGCACGAGAUGUGGCUGGAAUUUAAUGGAAUACCGUUGAAGUGGCACUAUCCAAUCGGUGUUUUAUUGGACAUUUAUUUCAAUGACGUUCAAUUACCUUGGAACAUUGUCGUCCACUUUGAUAAAUUUCCAGAGAAUGUUCUAAUGCACUGUCAAAACAAGGAAGUUGUAGAGGCACAUUUUCUCUCAUGUAUAAAAGAAGCUGAUGUUUUGAAGCAUAGAGGCCAAAUUGUUUCUAGUAUGCAAAAAAAAGACCACACACAGUUAUGGAAUGGCAUUAUGAAUGAUAAAUUCGAUCAGUUCUGGUCUGUGAAUGGUAGGCUUAUGGAAGCCAGUACUGAAGAGGGAUUUAAAUAUAUUCCAUUCCGUUGUUAUACAAGUGAAGAUAAAUAUAUACAAAGACUUGUAAAACCAAUGAAUGAAGAAGGCCAAAGAAAAACUUUAAAGCAUUUGUUAAAUGAAGUGUUCCCAGAUCAGGAAAAUGUUACAGUGCGCACUCAUGGCAUUGUACCACCAUUAGAAACGCCGCUUCAAUGGAUGUCGGAACAUUUAAGUUACCCAGAUAAUUUUCUACAUUUAAUCGUAGUCACAUCAUAAUAUCUAUUGAAAAACAGAUAAUUUUAUUAUCAGUGAUAAAAUAAUUUUUCUGUGAUUUAUCAUGUACUGUUUUUAUUAUUUUAUGUAUUUAUUUCAUAAAAAAAACUUCCCAUAAAAAUUCCACCUGUAACAAAAUCAAUUGGCCUACCAAGGGUGAUGUAAAGGGAAAAAAAUAUAUUUACCUGAAAUCUCGAUACUGUAA